AGUGUAGGUAGGGUAGGGUUAUGUAUGACGAAAUGUGUGUGAUAUGAUAUCGAUGUAAUGUCCAUGUCUGUGUCGGUUCUUUUGUUAAAAGGUUGCCGACGGUAAUAAAAAUGGCUUCCAGGGGUUUGUUAACAUUUUUUGGUAUUAGACACGUUACCAAGCACAUAACUGUCCAUCCAAAAGUACGUUUUUCUGUUAGAUAUCAGCAAAAAUGUAGUGACUGUGGUCAGUUACUUGGUGCAGCAGCAAUCCUAUCGACAUCUAGAAGUCUUGUUUCUGAUAACCAAGUGUUAGCUGGCUUUGGUGGUCAACUUGGACAUAGAAAACUCCAUACAAGUCAUCAACUAUUUAAGAAAAAAGACUAUUAUGAAGUUCUUGGAGUAUCCCGCAAUGCAUCAGUCAAGGACAUAAAGAAAUCAUACUUCCAGCUAGCCAAAAAGUACCAUCCAGAUACCAACAAAGAUGCAGACGCAGUCAGAAAAUUUCAAGAAGUCUCAGAAGCCUAUGAAGUACUAAGUGAUGACACCAAGAGGAAGCAAUAUGACUCAUGGGGAGCAACGUCGGAGCAGAUGGGUAUGGGAUCUCCUCCCCCUGGUGGGCAAAGUCAGGGAUUCAACACACACAACUGGCAGUUCCACUCCACCAUCGACCCUGAGGAACUGUUUCGCAAGAUCUUCGGCGAAGGAGGAUUUGCGAACGCUAAUUUUGGAGAAGAUUAUGCUGAAUCAAAAUUUGGAUUUGGUGCGGCUCAAGAGGUGUCGAUGCGCCUGACGUUUACUCAAGCCGCUAGAGGUGUCAACAAGGAGAUACAUGUGAAUGUGGUGGACACUUGUCCCAAAUGUAAUGGAACUCGCACUGAACCUGGCACCAAGGCCAUCAAAUGUCACAUCUGCAAUGGGACAGGUUAUGAGCAGCUGUCUACCGGUCCAUUUGUAAUGAGGUCAACAUGUCGGGCCUGCAAUGGUACCAGGAUGCUCAUUAAAUACCCUUGUGGAGAAUGUGAGGGAAAAGGAAGCAAUGUGCAGCGUAAGAAGCUUGUUGUCAGAGUGCCUCCAGGAGUGGAGGAUGGUCAAACAGUAAGGAUGCCGGUGGGCAACAAAGAGCUGUUCAUCACAUUUAGAGUAGACAAGUCAGAGUACUUUCACAGAGAUGGAGCUGACGUACACACAGAUGCUGACAUAUCUCUGUCACAGGCUGUACUGGGAGGUACCAUCAGGAUACAAGGAAUCUACGAGGACCACACAGUACAGAUAGCGCCAGGAACUUCUUCCCACACCAGAAUACGUUUAAGCGACAAGGGACUGAAAAAAGUUAACACUACAAGUCAGUACGGAGACCACUACGUGCACAUCAGAGUAAAGAUUCCAAAGAAACUCACUGAUAAGCAGCGAGCCCUGAUGAUAGCUUACGCUGAGCUUGAGGAAGACACCCCAGGUAUCAUACGGGGAAUCGCUCUCAAGAAAGAUGGUUCCAAGCAAACUUUUGAAGGGGAAGACGAGCUACUGAACCAAGUACGGAAUGCUUUAAAUGACGUCAGGCCAGAGAGAAUAGGUAAAAAGGUUGUAGACAAUGUAGAAGAUCAUUCCACAGAUACAAAACGUGGUGAAAUACAUUAAUUUAACCAAUAAAUAGUGACUAUUAGCGAUAAGUCGGCAAUUAUUGUCAACCAGUCAAAUAUAUCUAUGUUACUUGAAACCCAGAAAAUUAUGUGAUAAAAGCUUAAGUUCGUUGUUAACUUGCUUUGUUGUUAUUUUUGUACAUACACCCACUGAGAUAUUCUGGCAAAUGUUAAUAAAGCUGGCUUAGUAA